UGCUAUCAACGCGCGCACGCGCUGGCUGUCCCAAAGGAAAACUCGCUGCAACGUCACCUCCCGUCACAUUCUGCGGUCAACGAUAAAGCGUCUUAACCCCCGCGGUCAUGAGUUGAGAGAUACAGAAACGAGGCAUAUUUCGCGGUAACAUUGAUGAUAUUCGCUUUUUCCUUCCUAUUCUUCUUCCACUUCUGUUUUCACAAUCUUGAGCAACCCAAGACGCAGCCAUGGCUCGGAGAUAUAUGAUCCCGUGGCUAUAUGACCUGGGGGUGUGGAUUUUCACCCUCUGUCUGGAUAUUUUCUUCCGCGAGGUCUACUCUCGCGGUGCAUGGCGGAUUCCUAAGCGGGGACCCGUCAUCAUCGUUGCCGCGCCACAUGCUAAUCAGUUCGUGGAUUCCAUCCUGCUGAUGCGGAUCAUGAAGCACUAUGCGGACCGUCGCAUCUCGUUCCUGAUCGCCGACAAAUCCAUGCGCGAACCUUACAUUGGAACUAUGGCUGGAUGCAUGGGUGCUUUACCCGUCGUACGGUCGAUGGAUCAUGUCAAACCUGCAAAGGGGGAGAUCUACCUUCCAGACCCGGAGAACGAUCCGACCCUGCUCAAGGGACGUGAUUGCAACUUCACCAGUGACCAGUUCAUGGUGGGCGGAACCAUCAUCCUUCCCCGUGUGGGCAAGUCGAGUCCUGAGCAACAGGCGAUCGAGGAGAUCAUCGAUGCGAACACAAUCCGACUGCGCAAGCCGUUCAAGACUUUCGAAAAAGACCACCCUCUCUACAAUGCGAUACGCAAAGGAACCUCCUUUAAGGUCGCUCCCCACAUCAAUCAAAGCAAAAUGUUUGAUGCGGUGUAUCGCGAACUGAUUGCUGGGGGUUGUAUCGGUAUCUUCCCCGAAGGUGGCAGUCACGAUCGUCCCAGCCUUCUCCCCUUGAAGGCUGGUGUGGCUAUCAUUGCUUUGGGAACACUCGCGCUGGAUCCCAAUUGUGGUCUGUCUAUCAUCCCAUGUGGUAUGAACUACUUUCAUCCGAACAAGUUCCGCUCUCGUGCUGUAGUCGAAUUCGGAAACCCUGUUCAGGUGCAUCCGGAUCAGAUUGAGGCGUUCAAGGCUGGUGGAAACUCCAAGCGGAACGCGGUGGGCUCUCUUCUAGAAACCAUUACCGAGGCAUUGACUACUGUGACCCAACAAGCACCGGACCACGAGACCUUAAUGGUAAUCCAGGCCACCCGUCGACUGUACAAACCUCUAAGAAUGAAGCUUCCCCUCCCUGUCGUAAUUGAGCUCAACAGACGUCUCCUUAAGGGCUACACCCAGUUCAAAGAUGAGCCCAAGGUACUUCAGCUCAAGAAAGCCAUUUCCGACUACAACCGGCGUCUCCGUGCUCUGGGAAUUCGCGACCACCAAGUCGAAUGGGGCGAUGUAAAGCACCGCCCCUGGUGGCUCGUUCUGGGCACCCUACUCUAUCGUGUCGGCGAACUUCUCACCCUGGCUGUUGGUACUCUCCCUUCCGUCGCCUUGUUCUGGCCCGUCUUCGUCACCGCCAAAGUUGUCUCUGUGAAAAAGCAACGCGCAGCACUAGCCAACUCUGUUGUGAAACUCGAGGGCCGUGACGUGGUGGGGAGUUGGAAGAUCCUGGUCGCCAUGGGUCUUGCUCCAGCGCUCUACACCUGGUACACAGUGAUUGUGACUAUCUGGUUACACUACUGCCGCCAUGACGGAUUCUAUGCCUCGGUCGUCCCGUGGUGGCUGAACGCACGGACCUACAUCUCCGACUCGAUCCCCCUUGCGCUCUUCUCCAUCUUCUUUUUUGGCCUCAUGAUCUCCGUCUCCUUCGCCGGCCUCCGUAUCGGCGAGAUUGGUAUUGAUGUGCUCAAAUCCCUGCCUCCUCUCCUUGUCGCCCUCAACCCCCGUUCCGCCAGUUCCCUCGCGAAACUCCGCGCCGAGCGUCAGGCCCUUUCCGCGAAAGUGGUUGACGUGAUCGACAACUUCGCUCCCGAGAUUUUCCCCGACUUCGAGUCCGAAAAACUGAUCGACCACGAGCAUCCCGGGGACGACGCUUACCAGUCCCGCCUCAAGAGUAUGCCGCCCAGCGAACCCGAGAGUCGCAAUCGCAGUGCCAGCCGCAACGGGCGCAGUCGCUCCCGCAGCGCCGGCUUUACUCUGUAUGAGACUUUCCUCAAACCCCUUAGUAUCAAAUCCAAGGAUGACCUUGGCGAGGUCAACCGUCGCAUUCGGGAUUCGAUGCAAGAACGUGGCCGCCAGCGAGUCCGCGCGGAGUACGAUCAAGAUAGGGAAGAAGAUGUAGUUUCCUUGGAUGGGUCGGCCAGUGUCGGGAGUGGCGAUGUGGUCGUUGUGGAGGAACAGAAGAAAACGAAAUGAUUAAUGCAUCUUUCGGGGAAGACUAUCAGGCAUUGAGGCUACUCCGAUCUUCUUCAUGCGAAGAAAAAAAAUGUGGCUGUGCGUUGCGCCCAGCAAUGUGUAAUUGGAACCAACUUUUCUCACUAGUCUUAUGGGCUAUGACGUGGUAGGUGGUGGUGGUGGUGGUUU